GAUUGUUGGCUGGUGUUGGCUAAUUUUGUUAUCGAACGCAACUAAUGUGAAAUUAAGACGAGUUUUUGUUUUGAUUGUACUUUCCCUAUUUUUAUCUAUUUUAUCAACAAUUUGUAUCGCUUGAUUCGCUAACGAUUGUAUUUAUUUUAAGUGCCUCAGAAGAAAACCAAAGUUAAGAUGUUUACUAAACGAAUGCCUAGUAGCAAGGAACGAAGACUGCGUCUACUGGAAGAAGACAAUCAUCUGGCAGACUGUGAAUUUCUAGUCGGUGAUCAAGCUUCCGAAGAACCACAUCUCUUUCGCUGUCAUAAGAUGAUUUUGGCGACUGCAUCUGAAGUCUUUGAACGGAUGUUCUAUAGCGAUUUUGUUGUUGUUGGGCCGGUGAGGGUUACCGAAGUAAGCCCAGCCAGUUUUAAACGUUUUCUGCGCUACGUUUACGUAUAUGAAAUUGAAGUGGAUCCUUUAUUGUCACUUAAUGAGCUGGGUGAAUUAUUUUAUUUAGCGGAUAAAUACAUGAUGCAGGAUUUAACCGAUGCUUUGGUGGAGCAUUUAAAACGAAAGCAUAAUUGGACAUCGGGCGACGUGUGGCCCAUGUAUGAUUUGGCGUGUCUUCAUGAAAACCUGCCUUUACUAUUGCUUUGUUACGCGGAGAUUUCUAAAUUUGCCGAAAAUCUUCUCUUUGGUGACUCGUUCUAUCGAUUAAAUGUUAAUCAUCUGAAACGACUAGUAAUAUUAUUAUCCCAGCAAUCUCACAUAUCUACAAAAUUAAUUUUACAACAAUUGGAGGAAUAUGGUCGGCGUAAUAAUUUGCAUAAAAAUCGUGAGUCUGAGGAAUUCUUUAAACUGGUAGAUGCGGCCUGUCAACUAGAUUUCAACAAAUUAUCAAGAGCGGAUUUCGAAGCGGGUCCUGCCGUGUCAUAUUUGUUUAAUAAGAAAGAAGCAAAAUAGAUACUGCAUAUUCUACAAAAUAUAUUUUCGAAUGUUUUGCGCUAUAUUGUUAUAGUUUAAUAAGUACAUAUAUGUAGGUUUGCAUAGUAUGCAUGUAUACACUCACAUAGAUACUUAUACAUAAUUAUAAUUGUUUAUGGAGGCAACAGUGAUGUUUUAAAUAUAAUUCCUAUACACACACACCACAAAUUUGUAUUGCUUUUCUUGUACGAGUUAAAAAAGGAAGCAACUGCCUAGUGCACAGAUAACAGUAAAAACAUUUUCACAGCUAUAAAGUAAUAUUUAUCUUUUAUUUAUUCUCAUGAUAUUUCAUUUGUUUUACAAUAGAAAAUCUACACAAGGUAAAUUUUAAUGUACAGAUGAGUGGUGCGCAUCUUGUAAACGCAAACCCGGCUCAAGUAGCAUGCCGAUACAGUUACAGAUCAAUUUUACAUUGAUUGCAAUGAUGCGAACGUAAUCUUAACAUUAAGAAAUCAUUACGUAGAAUAUUUUUAUGAAUAGGCAACAUCUUGAAGUGCGCGCGAGAAAAAAUGCGUUUUCCAUUACAUGUGCAAUCAUUCGCACUAGUUCAUUAAUAUGGCAAAAUUAUUAAAAAGUAACUUACUUUAACUAAUAAAGACAAGUUUUGCAACUCUUAAAAUACAUACACAUACAUACGCAAAAGCGUAUUCUGAUUUUUUUAGCAGUUUUUGCUUUGCAAGUGCCACAAAUGUGUAAAGUAGAAUUAUUGAGUAAUUUUCUUACUGUACUAUGUUU